ACUCUUUAUAACUGUUCUUUAGCUCAAUAAAUUGAUCGACAACUUAUCAUCAAUCACUUUAACAGAAUCGAUAAACCCACUCCGAAUGGCUGCACCCACACCGAACAAAGGGCAACCUCAACGGCCGCAAAUACAGCCAUGCCGAUAUAAGACUGGAAAAACUCUUGGAGCUGGCUCCUAUUCGGUGGUCAAAGAAUGUGUUCAUAUCGAUACCGGACGGUAUUUUGCCGCAAAGGUCAUUAAUAAACGAUUAAUGGCUGGUAGGGAACAUAUGGUUCGAAACGAGAUUGCGGUUCUUAAACGAGUUUCGAUGGGCCAUCAGAAUAUAUUAACUCUCGUCGACUACUUCGAGACCAUGAACAAUCUAUAUCUCGUCGUCGAACUGGCUCUAGGCGGAGAACUAUUUGAUCGUAUAUGUCGCAAGGGAAGUUACUACGAAGCUGAUGCAGCGGACCUUGUGCGAGCUAUCUUGUCAGCCGUUGCAUAUCUGCAUGAUCAUGGCAUUGUGCAUCGAGAUCUCAAACCGGAGAAUCUGCUGUUUCGUACCCCCGAAGAUAAUGCCGACCUUUUGAUUGCCGACUUCGGUUUGUCAAGGAUUAUGGAUGAGGAGCAGUUUCAUGUUCUGACGACGACUUGCGGAACGCCGGGCUAUAUGGCGCCGGAAAUUUUUAAGAAGACUGGACAUGGCAAGCCCGUAGAUAUCUGGGCCAUAGGUGUAAUCACUUACUUCCUUCUCUGCGGCUACACGCCCUUUGACCGUGAUUCCAAUCUCGAGGAAAUGCAGGCCAUCCUCGUUGCGGAUUACUCCUUUACACCUAUCGAGCAUUGGCGAAGCAUUUCCCAAAAUGCCCGUGACUUCAUCAACCGGUGCUUGACCAUUGACCCUAAAGCACGAAUUACAGCCCACGAAGCUCUUCAGCAUCCGUGGAUCAGUAGCGAUCUCUCCGCCAAACAAGGUGAAGAUCUCCUGCCUACUGUUAAGAAGAACUUUAAUGCGCGACGCACCCUUCACAAGGCUAUUGAUACCGUGCGCGCAAUCAAUAAGCUUCGUGAAGGUGGCGGGUUGAUGAUGGAUGGUGCGACUAGUAUUGAGCCGAGACCUGAACGGGUGCAUGGGAAUGAUGUCCAUGAAGAGGAGAGACAUACUCCGCAACAGCCAUAUGAUGACAAUAUGAUGAAGAUUGAUAGCCGUGGCAACGCUCGAGGUCAGACAGAGGAGCAGAUACGUGAGCAAGAACGAAAAGUCAAGGAGGUAGUGACUGGCCUCUGGGCGAAAACGGGUGGGAACCUGCAGUGAUAUUUCAUCUACAGAAGUCCUUUCCCAUGGGGUGAACCUGUAGGCGAUAAUCCGUUGGGCCGGCUUCUUUUAUACUCCAUAGUUUUGGCUCUAUUAUAUAUGUUUCAUUCAACCGUACAUCAUUUCUUCUACAUGAAUUGCAUCUCUA